AUGGAAGCCAACAUCGAAUCUUUCUUCUCGCAAAGAUCAAAGAUCGUAAGCGCAAUUAACAGAUACCAAACAUGCGUUACGGACCGAGAUGGCCUACCCUUUUCAGAGAUCAGCGAGUUAUUAGAAACCGAAAAAGCAAUGAUAACUGCAUUACUAGUACGGCAUGAUCCAAGCCGCAGCGCUAAAAGAGCGCAGUGUACGGAGGCAAGGAUCGGCGAGAUAAUCGAAUGUAUCGAUGUUCUCGAACUGAUGCUUGAGGCUGAUCUAGCUCGUCAAGCUCAUGACGGACUUUUACUGAUAUGUGCGCAGAUUGGAGGACUGCGACUUGCUGGAAUCGAAGAUACAUAUGCUGAUGUAAUGGAUCGGUAUAUCUUCAAUCUGGAUGAACUGUAUAAUGGAAAACAUAGUCCAAUGCCUCUUGGCUUUCAUGAGUUGCAGACCAUUUGGAGAAGUGCUAACUAUGUCGAUCCAGGCUGUCCCUGUCCGCAUUGCAGUAAGUUUGGCAACUAG